AUGGCGCUUGAAUCUGCCAUCUGUCCCCAUCUGCAGAAGCAGCGCACGCAGGAGAAGUCGACGCCCGCCAACUAUGAGCCGGGCUUUCCACUCUUCUCUGCGCGCUUCGACCCGGCGAUGGAGGAGAUGGCCGCCGUGCUGAUUGGCGCAAUCGCUAGCCAGCCAGGUCGCCUCGAGUACGAUGCGCUGGAGCCAGUGGACAAGCUCCUACAGCAGGGCUCGCCUCGACCACACUAUGCCGUUCUGUGCAGUUCCGAAGACCCCACGGGCCGCGAAACUCGUGCGUGGAAGGCGUACUGGCGACGCAAGGAAGACUAUCUGUCCUGGAGCCACUCCAGUGGCUUCGAUACCUGGUGGAAGGACGAAAAGAGACAGAUGGACGACGACCAGGGCUGGAUCCUCGAGGCUCUUUUCCCUACGAUGGAUCGAUUCGAGGCUGUGUUUUCCAGUCAAGACGCCCGCGAAGGUGCUUCACUCAUGUGCCAGGGUAUGAGCGACGCCAUCGAAGAGCACGGCUACUGGGGCAGUGCCAGAGAUCGCCUCCCCAUUGGUCAAGUUGACGCCGUGCGGGGCGAAAAGUGCAAUGCAGAGACGGCAAAAGGUUCUCGAGUCGUCGUACCCGGACGUAAGAAUCUCUGCGUCAUCCACUCUGGCCAAGAUUGGUCUGCUGUUGAAGGCAAGGAGCGAUCGCUGUAUUUGGACACGCUACACCCGACGCUCGAGGCCGGUAUGCGCUUUCUCAGCAAUGACAAGUAUCCAGAUACGACACGCGAACACUUUGGCUGCUUCGACUGUCGCUUCAUGUCGCAUCUCGACCCGGAGACACUCGAGCCGAGCCUCUCCAAGACAUUUGGCCUGUGCUACUUUGACGACCUGGCCAAUCUUGAAAGGUGGAGCAAGGAGCACAAGACCCAUCUCAAUAUCUUCAACGGCUUCUUCAAGUACGCCACAGAUACGCAGGGAAAGGGCAAUCUGAGCCUCUGGCACGAAGUCACCGUCCUCGAAAAGGACCAGCAGUACUUUGAAUAUGUCAAUUGUCCUGCAGGCACGGGCAUGCUUCCUUUAUAG